AUGGCCGCAUGUUUUGGAAAAUCGGGUUCAGUCGUCCAAGCCACCACAUUCCACUCGACACGCCGUUCUGGUCAACCCGAAUGCCUAGUCAAAAGGGUCUCUGAAGGGUCUCCUCGUUUUUGGAGGGGAGGAAAUCGCAUGAGAUCGACGAGCCCGACAAUCAGGUUGGGCGCCAAAGCAGACAAAGAAGAGUUGUACGAGGGAUCCUGUUCUUACACAAUCACGCACGGGGCCGAUACCUCUUUGGGACGCGUCCAGCGAGAAGAGGUCCCUAUAUCCAGCGACGAUACUAAUGACCACGCUAUCGACUAUAACCUUCCUCAAGAGGUGUACUGGGCUCAUGCACGCAUGCUGCACUCAACCACACCUACGACGCUCCAAGGAACAGUGGAUGCCCGCGGAUCCGCCACCACCACAGCCAACCCUGCACGCAUGAAUACGACAACAACCAUGAACACGACACCCACGACAAUGUUCACGACGUUGGCCCAGAAAAAUGGGAGAAUGAAUGAUUGUUGGAGGGGACGCGAGAGGAGUGAUUCGUCCUGCACGAGUUCGACCGUCACCUCUGACGAA